AACAUUUUCAAAUGCGUACUUCUCUUUUAAUAAUAUAGAUAUACAAUUAAAAUUUCACCCAAAACAAACAUUUAAUGUUACCAAUAUCAUUUUACCGCUAAUUGUUUUUACAAUUUUGUGUCAAAAAGCAUCGCAUUUACAUCUAUCUCAUUUCUUAAUCUAAAAUAAUUUACACCGCGUUUAAACAUGAAUUUCAAGCUAGAGAGUAUAUAACAUGAAUUAUCAUAUAUUUCUCUACGUCUUGGUACAAAUCGAAAUAUAAGAAAUUUGAAAACCUAUUAAUUUAAAAAUGUACACUUGACACAUGACUUCGUUCCAAACUCUUACUGUAGAUAGCCAGCUAAAUAUACCCUAGGGGCUAGGGCUAACCACAUGGUCGGCACACAAACAUAUUCUUCAUCAUUUUGGUUUUACAUACAUACAAUUAUUAUCCCUGUUCGAAAACGCGCUCAAGGCGGCCGAUUCCGCAGUGGUGAAGCGCUUGGCGGCCUCUUACCGUCCCGAUUUUGGUCUGUUCGGGACAAAACUCGGAUCUAUGAAAAAAAUCACCAGUUCUUUCAUUUUAAUGUAGAUUCAGUGAUAUUUGAUGGAUUUAUCAUUAUUUGUUACAAACUAAAAGCUAAAAGAAGAAGAGAAGGAGUUAAAUCAGUGAAAAAAAUGGCUGCCGUUCUCAGAAAAAUAAUAGGUCUAAAGGAAGGAGACGAUUAGGAAAUUACGCUUUUAGCCUUCAUUAAAAGGAAAAAAAUAAUAAAAGGGACGAAAAUGGCAAUUUUGGUGUUUGAACUCGGGUACCUCACGAAAUAUAACCAAUCCUAUAUCAACUCAGCCGAUACAUAUCAUUGUAUUCUCUUUGCAAAUAUAUUAUUUAUCCAUUAUAUAAAGAAAAAGCUUAAAAACUAAGUCCCGCGUAAUUCCCGAAUACUCUCCGAUUUUUCGGUAACUCGCUAGGCGUAGACUAACCGCCCGACUAGCGCCUAGCGUAGUUCUGACCAGGGAUUAUUAUAACCCUAAGUUGUAUUUAAAUAGUCAAACUAAUUCAAUCUUGUAACUCAUGUCAUUCUUUACUCGAAAGAUUCCCACAUUAACCUUAUAAAUACCCACUUACACACUCUUGAUUUCUUCACCAGUCUAAAACAAUACUCCAAUUUUCUUUCAAGACAAGCAAAAUGGCUCUUAGAAACUCUCUUACCAUCUUCCUUGCCUUUAACAUCAUCUUCUUCGCCCUAACCGAAGCCGCACGCUCCGGAUGUCCACCAUCAUCUUACAAACCCAAACCUGGCCCAACCACACCUGCCAUCGAGACAUGCCCGAAAGAUACCGUAAAGCUUGGUGUUUGUGUUAACGCGCUUAACUUGUUGAAUGCGACAUUAGGUGCUCCUCCGGUGAAGCCAUGUUGCAGCCUCAUUGACGGUUUGGUCGAUCUUGAGGCUGCCGUUUGUCUUUGCACCGCGCUUAAAGCUAGCAUUCUCGGUAUCAACAUUAACCUUCCAAUCAACCUUAGCUUGCUCCUCAACGUUUGCAGCAGAAAGGCUCCACAUGGCUUCCAAUGCCCUUAAUUUUUAAACGUCACAUAUAAUUAUGGCUAAAUCCUUAAUUAAUGGCCAUGCAUGAAAUGUGAUCGAACUUUAAUUUGUGUUCCUUGUGUUUUUUUGUUUUGUUUUUCAUGUUUUAUAUUUGAAUUGGUGCAUGGGGGUGAGUAAGAUUGUCACCAUCUAAGAGAUGAGUUUGUAUUGUAAUUUAUUUCAUCUGUUUUGAUGAAUAAAAAUGGUUUUCAGUGUGACGUAAGAUGGUUUGUGCCGUUUAGCAAAAAGAAUUGGAAUUUUUUUUAUUAUUU